AGGUGGUGCAGAAGGUGAACGAGAUGAUCGCGACGGGGCAGUACGGGCGGCUCUUCGCCGUGGUCCACUUUGCCAGCAAGCAGUGGAAAGUGACUGCUGAAGACCUCAUUAUGAUGGACAACGUGCUGGAGGCGGAGUGCGGCGACCGCAUCCGCAUGGAGAAGGUUUUGCUGGUUGGUGCUGAUGACUUCACGCUGAUCGGAAGGCCGCUCCUGGGGAAGGAGCUCGUCCGUGUGGAGGCUACCGUGAUCGAAAAGACAGAGUCGUGGCCAAAAAUCAACAUGCGCUUUCGGAAGAGACGCAAAUAUCAAAGGACUAAAAUCAUCAUGAACCCACAGACCGUCCUCCGGAUAAACACCAUAGACAUUUUCCCCACUUUGCUGUGA